AUGUCCGAGUAUUACAGAGAGUCUUAUAUCACACAUCCAUCACGAGGUAAGAGUAUUAUCUGUUAUGCAUUAGUCAAAUACGGCUAUAGUAAUUUCAGUCUUUCUAUUCUUGAAUAUUGUAACAGAGAUGAAGUAAUCACAAGGGAACAAUAUUAUCUUGACUUAUUAAAUCCUACUUACAAUAUCCUAAAAUAUGCUUAUUCUUCGGAUGGUUAUAAACAUACUCUAGAAGCUAUUAAUAAAAUGAGUUUAGCCAAAAAGGGUAAAUUCACUAUAGAAGACAAUAGUUUUUACGGUAAGACUCAUACUGAAGAAGUUAAAGAAUUAAUGUCUCGGGCAGCUCUAAGAAGAACUAAACCAAAUAAUGCUAAACCUGUAUUCUUGAAAAAUCUUGAUAAUAAUAUUAUUGGAGAAUUUAAGUCAAUGACAGAAUUAAGCUAUUAUUUAAAAGCCGAUAAAUCGACUUUAGCAAAAUAUAGAGAUUCUAAUAGUCAAAUUUAG